AUUGUGUUCAACAGUGUCCAUUUUGAACUGAUCGAUGUGGGCGGUCAACGAGAACAACGAGCGAAAUGGAUUGAAGCCAUGUCCGACGGAGUAACUGCAGUGAUUUUUCUAACUGACGUCUCUGCGUACGAUAUGAUGCUAGCCGAAGACCACACGGUCAAUCGUCUGCGUGAAUCGAUCAAUCUAUUGGGUCAAGUGUGGACUAAAAGUCCUCUACGAGACAAAUCAAUUAUUCUCUUUUUAAACAAACAAGACAAACUGGAGAAAAAAGUUCGAGAACAGCGCACAUUAUUCGAAAACUUUUUUCCCGAAUACGCGAUAGACUUCUAUUCACGUUGCUCUAUUCUGAAUAUGUCAAUCGGAGGGGGGCCUACAAAUGAUAUGUUUGUUCUCACUCGGCAAUCGUCUUUUGUGUUACCUUGUCUGUUCAGUGUCAUGUUGUGCUCCUCGAAACCGCGCGAAUGGUCGUUCGAACACAAACAGUCCAGCUUCCGUUAUUUGUGUCAGUCCAAUGCGGUCAGCGGCACCACCAAGAUUAUCGUGUCCCGACAGAAUUUGCUGGAUGAUUCGUUCAAUCAGGUGAUGAAAUUGGAGACAUUCGAACUGCGUCGUACCUUGUAUGUGAUCUUUCAAGGUGAAGAAGGUUUGGAUUAUGGUGGUCCUGCACGUGAAUGGUUCUUCAAACUGUCCACGGAGCUGUUAAAUCCUAUGUAUUGCCUGUUUCAGUAUGCAAGUGCAACAAACUAUUCCCUUCAGAUCAAUCCCGGAUCUUCAGUCAACCCGGAACAUUUGCAGUAUUUCAAAUUUGUCGGACGUUUCAUCGCCUUGGCGCUGUAUCAUAACAAGUUAAUCGACAGCGGUUUCACUCUGCCUUUCUACAAACGCAUGUUGGGUAAGCGAAUCACUUUGGAAGAUCUGGAAGUCAUGGAUGAAGUGUUCUACAAUUCGGUCAAGUCCCUCCAGGAAACUGAUUUUGAUGAGGUGGACAUGGAGCUGUACUUCGCUGCAGACUAUGACAUUUUAGGCGAAGUCAAAUCGGUCGACUUGAAACCCGGUGGUUCAGAGAUCAAGGUCACUGAGGCGAACAAGGCGGAGUAUUUGGAGUAA